AUGACUAAUUUGAUCAACAAGCGUGUGUCAUCACUAAAUAUACCAUCAACCUUCGUAUUCNAACCAAUCGAUGACGCACAUGAAAGUGAAUAUUCUGGACUGUUUAUUCCAACCUUUCUCGUCAAUCUUGAUCAAAUGCUCAUCAGCAUAACGGAUUAUGCAGUGCAAACCAUUUCGGAAACGUCUGUCUCACUUGUCCUUAGCGAAACACCUUACUAUGUCGUUAACCGGCAAAGCCCGAUUGCUAAACUAAAUGAAAUUAUCUUCCACAAUAUUGUGUUUCUCAUUGUUUGUCUGGAAAUGUUUGGUCUCUUAUUCUUGGUCAUGAAACUAUUUAUUCUGCCAAUCAUUCUCGUGAUACUUAAAAAGCUGAAAUGCAACAUCGUUGAUAAAUACGAUUCAGAAUCGAAGGAGACAGAAAACGAACAGGAAAAACCUAAAGAACACAAAACAACGAAAGAACACAAAAUACCCCGUAAUAUAAGACGACAUCCGACUACCUUAGAUAUGUCAAACGAAUUCCACUGGACUCCAUACCAUUGA